CCGACUGGAAUACCAACAGGCGCUGGAACCCUGACACUUUUUAAUGAUGUAGUGGGCUUAAUAUGUAUAGCCUUUCCCUUAGACAUAACUUUAUCACACUCUCUAUCUUUCGCAAUCCCCCGAUAACGAUCUGACUAGGUUCCUUUACCUUGAAUUAGGCAUAGUAGGAUAAUAUAUGUCAAUCGAGGUAAGGAGUGAGAAUUCAGAUAUUGCGCAGCUCAAAUAAAUGAUGCUUUGUUACAACAUUGAGAAUGUUGUGGCAAAUCGAGGUUGAGGCGCAAACUUAUUUUCAUAAAUCUAGAUAAAUGGUCUGUAUGCUCGUUCAACAUCGUGAGGAGCUUAAGAAUAAUAAACCUUGAAAUCACAUUCCGAUAUCAUUCUCAUUAUUACAUGCCUUUUAGCACAUACACCCCCAACACUCAUCCCAGGCCCUUCAAAUUAGUGUAUAGCGCUAAAAGGGGAUACAUACGAUUUUCCCAGUUACAUCCCAACGAGGAGUUUUCAUACUUGCCAGCCCUGUUUAGUUCUCACACAGCCCAUCUCUUGCUAUACUUGGUUUCCAAAAAGUGCCAGAAUAAACCGAGAACCCACCGGAUCCUCCUACCCUCUGCUUGGUAUGCCGAAUUCGCAGAUGAUCCCUUUUUUCAGCUGGUCCGCCCGGAUGAAAAUUUCUACAGACAUCCGAAAGCAACGGAAUAUUCCCAGGAGAUGACAAAAUCGCUUUUGAAGUUCAGAAACCUCUAUCAACAAAAACCAACACCUUUGGGGAGGACAAGUUUACUCCAAUAUCGGAUACAAAGCGUGACACAGAGAUUUGUGGUGUUUCCAGAACUCGAAAUUUCCAGUAGUACAUUCAUUGAUCGCCGGAGUAGGAUGGAGUUUGUACUACUUGGAGCAAAAAGGUUUCGAGAGAUGGUUUACUUGCCCAUGAAAGUACAGGCACUCACUAAUAACCCGAUGCAUAAUACUGGCCAAACGAGUCUUCUAACCUCGGUAGUUGCAGAUACAUUGGUCCGAUACACGUUUUUGUUAAGCUAUGCCACCCCGGCUAAGUCUGUCAUAUCCCGCGAUAUGAAUACAUUCAAACAAUGCGAAGAGAGGAGACUCUCGGGAUCGCCAGACUUUGUUCAAGAAAUGCGAUAUUUCAACAAAUACCUCAUAAUUUCAUGGGAAACAGAUGCCAUUUCCCGGGAGAUUGAAAACGGAAUCAUCCCUAUAAUAAAUAAAGACGAAUUGAACUACAUCUGUAGUUUAGAUAUCGACUCAGCAGAUGUCGCACGCCCAUCCAAAAGACAAAUCCUCUUGCAGCUCAAACAAACCUUGCGAGCCAGCUUUAACCGGGCACUCAGGGAUAAAUCUCAUCCUUUUCUCAAAGCCGCUGCGAAGAAUCUCUUUGGCAUUGGCAUCCGAGGUAACUACGUGUGUUUGGCAUUAAUGAAUUGUGGGGCACAAGAGGAAGAUAUGCACAUCAUCCGGGUUUUCAACUUGGAGAAGAUAAGCUCGGAUGAAGCGUGUAUUGGCUUUGCCCAGAAUGUGGCAAUGUUUAUCGAACUUUCCCGGCGAGAAAUGCACAGCUGGCUCUAGCUCAGGAUUACGCAGUCCGAAUUUGGAUAUAAUUCUCAGUUGCGCGGUUGAAAGCUUCAGGUUUCUCUAGGUACCAAUCCAGGAAUAUCACACAAAAUUGUCUGACACCGGUGAUAUUCAACGAAAACACCCCCAUCUCUUAUUUGCGAGUUUUAGAAUAAAAAAUCACUAUAAGU